CACUCGAGUUCUCUUCGUCGUCUUUUGCCUCUGCGGCGAUGAAGAGAAGAGAAAAUCAUAGCAACUGGGCGGAGCUUCCGCCGGAGUUGACGUCUUUAAUUCUUCUCCGUCUAAGCACGAUUGAGAUACUCCACGUCGCUCAGAAGGUGUGCAGCUCGUGGCGACGCGUAUGUAAAAAGACCCAUCGAUGUGGACCAAAAUCGAUGCGACGUGAAUCCCAGAAAACUUCGAAGCUUGGAGGUUCGACCUCGAGAACAUGUGCCUUAACGCCGUUGAUCUUAGCCGUGGAGGCUUGCUGGAGAUCAACAUUAAGAACUUCGGGAGCGAUUCUCUCCUUACCUACGUCGCCGAUAGAUCAAGUAAUCUUAGACGCCUUGGAGUUGUUGACUGUGGUGAACAAGUAACCGGCUAUGGGAUUCUCGAAGCUGUUGUGAAGCUCCCAUUGCUUGAAGAACUCGAGAUUUCUUCAGACUCGUUUAUCUGAGGAUGGGAUUUGAAAGCUGUAUGCCAGUCUUGUCCAAAUCUGAGGACGUUGAUGAUAAUAAGGCUGUUAAAGCUUAAAGUCUCGGAUUACUUGGUGGAAUCUGGCGAUGGUAUUGCGCUAGUGCAAUCGCUGAUACAAUGCCUAGUCUUCGCCACCUCCAGCUUCUAGGGAACGGAUUAUCAGACGCUGGUUUAAAUGCCAUUCUUGACAAUUUUCAAAACCUAGAACAUCUUGAUAUACGUUGUCGGUGUUUCAACGUUUACCUGCCUGGGGGUCUAGAGAAGCAGUGUUACGAUAGGUUCAAAGAAGGCUAUGAUUACUCAUAUGAUGACAGCGACAAAAAUGAUGACAGCGAGCAGGAGUACGUCGACGACAUGCAACUAUCAUUCUGACUCGUAGUAUUAUGACUAAACAAGGAUAAGCGCGGUGAAGAAUGCAGUGACAAGUUGUACUGACUGGUUAUCAACUUGUUCAUGUCCUCUUUUCAGUAACUAGUUUCAGUGGAUGUCUGUCUGUGUCCCUCUUUUACCUUAGUGUUAGCUUUUGAGUUCGAGCGUGUGAAUUACUCGCCAGAUAUAGCAUGUUUCUUUCAGCGCAAGUCACAAACUUCUUAUAAGAACAUCGCCUUCUUGUCGGGUUAAUAAGGAUUAGCCUAAUUACUAAUAGUGCUCAAUC